ACACCCAGCCCUUCUCUUCUUUUCUCUUCUCUUCUCUUCUCUUGGGCCCCCUCCUGUCUCCGCUUGAGCGAAUCCCCACCCUCCUCACCUCCCGCGAGCGCCCGGCCCUAAUCAUGUGAUAGACGCUCAAUUCACUCAGGACACUUUAAACACUUGGACAAGAAGUUGUUUCGUAACUCUCGGGGAAGUUUUUUCGGCGUCAGCCUAAAUGCUAGUGUUUCAUUUGGAUGUUUCAUGCCAUCGUGAUCCGGGUUGUUGCUUUCUUCUGCAGUCCUUCAUAACGGCGCGCUUUUCACUUGAGGAAUAUAUUAACUAACAAAAUUCCAGCGGCGGGAACCAUGCUCAGCUUUGACACAAUAAAAACAGACAUGUCAUUGACUUAUCCAGCUUACCUGAUUAAAUCUGCACCUGAGGCAUUUGGAGUCUUAUUAUCACCUUCCAUGGCCCCUCCUUCCACGGCUCACCUAUACUUCCCUCACUACUUCCAAGAGCACUACCCAUACAUGAGCCCCCAUCACACACCCCCUCUGUCCCAGGAUGUCCAUCACUCCCAGAACGAACCUGUCGAUUUAUCCAUCAGCAAAAGAUCCUCCGUUUCAUCGCCUUCAUCAUCUCUGACAUCGUCAUCUCCCAUAGCCACUCCACCAUCGCCUUAUGAGAGAACCAGUCCAGUGUCACGUCCUCGCCCCGGCUCCGGCUCCGGCUCUAUAACAGGAAGCACUUCCGGCUCAUCUCAGACAAGGCAGCUGACCCCACCACUGUCCCUUCCUAUUUCUCCGGUUUUUACACCUAUUGUGCCUAUUUCCAUCAUGCAGCAGUUACCUGUGCUCUACCCUCCCCAACUACACCUGUCUACCUCCAUCAUGACAUCACCUGAGGAUCCUGCUCACCGCCUCGUUCCAUUGCAGUCUACGGAGAGUCAGAAAGGCUUAGGAAUUCAUAAAAAAUAUCCUCAUUUGUGGCCCAAAGAUGAACCGAACCUUAUAGGUUUAGAUUGUCAUGAGGUGGAGUCAGAGAAUCCCCCAGACGUCCACGAGGUCCUCAAACCAAUCAAAUCCGAGCCCCACCCUGAACACCCUCAGGAUUCCCUCAGGCAGGAAAUAACCUCACCCAUCAUUACUGUCCCACCGUGUUAUGAGAGAAACCCACACUCAGUGAUUGUACGUCGAAAGGUAGAGUCUCCAGAUCCACUGAAGAAGCGUCGAAUUCAUCGAUGUGACUUCAAUGGCUGCAAUAAAGUCUAUACCAAAAGCUCCCACCUGAAAGCUCAUAGACGCACACAUACAGGAGAAAAACCUUAUAAGUGCAUGUGGGAAGGCUGUACGUGGAAGUUUGCCCGCUCCGAUGAGCUGACCCGUCACUUUCGGAAGCACACGGGUGUGAAGCCGUUCCAGUGCCCUGACUGCGAUCGCACCUUCUCUCGCUCCGAUCACCUCGCCCUGCACAAGAAGCGCCACCUGCUGGUGUGAGCUCAAUACUGCAACAUGUGAACGGAGCAGAAGUUUCCCCUUCGAUUAAGCCGUUGCUCAACGGGAGCUUCAUCUUCAGUGAAGCCAAGGGCCGUUUUGUGUUUCCCGUCCCCUUCCAGUUCAGGAAACGCUGUGUAUUAGAAGAAAAGAGUCGAGUUGAUGGAUCUUACAAUGGCUAGCUCAUACUUCAUGAAAAGAAUUAGUAUCCAAGUGGAUUUUGUCACUUACUAUGGAUAUGGAGUAGUGCUGUGGAUAUGUCCCUUAUAUAGACGAAAUUGAAUGCCAAGUCUUUUUCUUGAUACCAAGCACUCACUCUCUCUCCAUUAUCGUUCUAUACACGUCUCUCUUAUUGUUUUGCCCUCUGCAGGUCAGAGGGCCCAUUGUGCCAGUUACAGCACUACACAAACAAGCAUAAUACAUUUACAGUAAGUCAGUAGCCAGUCUCACACACACAUACACAAACACAACUCGGACAGUUUCACACUUUUAAUGUUGUUUUAAGAUGCAAUUCGGGUCAAACCUGCACAAUGUGAAUUUAUUUUUCUCUUAUUUGUGUAUUAUUUGGAAACAUGAAUGUGUAUACGCAGAUCCUGUAUAUGCAUUCAGCGUGUGUGUUUCAUGUUUACCGAAGCUGAUUUAAAGCUUGCAUAUUUUCUGAGAUUGUUUGAUUUGGGUCGGUCAGUUCACACCAAGAAGGAUAACUAUAAAGAUAACUAGAUAUCAAUAACUAUAACAGUGUCCACACCAAUGCACAAUAAUGUUCUGUUUAUUAUAAUCAUGCAUUGCAGUCAUCUGCCACUUUAAAUGCUCAAGAUCAAGAUCAUUAAAAAAGAAUGGAUUCUGUUUGGCUGUCAGCGAUUGUAGAAAUCGCAAACAAAUUUAAACAAUAUUGUUUCUCUGUAGCCUUAUUGUUAUAUUUGUGGACUCUAUUCUUUUACAUUUAAAACGAUAUCUUUAUCAUUAUAGUUAUCGUCCUAUGUGUAAACAGAUCUUUAUAAUUUGACUCUUAAGAGUUCAAUUUUGACAAAAAGUUUUUGGUUCCAAAAGUAGCUUCCGAGCACCUGACCUGGUAAAACAUUGGCAUGUUUUAUUAAUUGUAAUCAUGAAUUAAUACUGUAGUUUAUUACCGUAAGUACUAUGUACUGUGUAAGUUCUUGCAACUUUGCACAUGCACAAUUUACAAUUUAGUAAUGAAAUAAUAGAUUUGAUGAUUUUCCCCUACAUACAUUUUAAAAAUACAGGUCAAAAGUGUGAGAGGUCAAAACGGCGUUUUAAAUGUUAAUUGGCUGGUCUGAAAAUUGAAUACUUGAUCUUCCAGCGCAUAUAUGUUAGUUGCAAGGACUUAAUGAAAGCUUAAUUUUGCUCACCAUUAUUCAUAUUUGAAUAAUUUCUGUAAUCAUGAAUAUUCCUAUAAUCCUAAAUAUAUUGUUGUGUCGUGUUGUAUUUUGUCAAAUCCAGUGUCCAAGGCUCAAAAGGGUAAAAUAUUAUUUCACUGAGGGUUGUUUAGGUGGAGAAAUGUGAUAAAUGUGAACCAUUCAAUAAGGGGCAUUAUUUUAUUAGAGUGAGUUCAUCUAGGUUAUGGGUAACAUUGUCUUACUGCUAACACUUUGUUUGUGAGAUGUUUGUUAUAAAAUUAUGGAUACAUGCAG